AUGGCUCAAAAAUCAAGCUCAAACCACCCAAAAGUGUGCCCGAGCCUUCAAGCAUAUGAGCCAAGCAGCCCUCAUGUGGAGAUGCCGCAAGCACCACGCAGCAGCCGUGGAGCCGAGGGGCCUUGGUUGUCGCCCCUCGGCUCAAACCCCCAGCUGCUGGCUGGGAGAGCGGGGCAGGGCGCUGCUGCCGACGGAGCCGAGCCUCCUCCCCCCGCUGCGAGCGGCGCCGGGGCUGCCACAUCGGCACCGCUGCUCCGAGAAGGCGCUUCCCGGAGCGGAGCGGGAGCCCAGCGCGCCGGGAGAUGGAGUGCCGCUGCCGCUGUUGCUGCUGCCGCUGCUGCUGCCGCCGCCGCCGCUGCCGCCCCCCGGGACUCGCGCUCCGCCAGGGCCGCCGCGGCAGGCAGCGCGGAAGGCGCCGCGGCCCCUCCGCCCGCCGGGCCCGCGCGGCGGCGGCGGCGGCGAAGCGCGGCCCCCUCCUCCCCGCCCUCCCCACUGCCGCUUCCCCGCCCCCGCCCGGCCCUCGGCUGGGCUCCGCCGCCGGCAGCCGGGCCAUGGCGGGGCGAUGAGGGAGCGGCCGUCCCUGCCCGCAGGCUGCCUGGGGAGGCGGGGAGCGACGGCGCUGGGCGGCUCGGCGGCGCUAGAGCCGGGCGGCGGGGCGGGGGGAUGUGGGGCGCGGGGGCCGCGGCCCUACAGCUCCUCUCCCGGGCCGUGAAGCAGGCGGCGGCGCAGGGGGCCCGGCAGGACCUGGGCCGCUGGCUGUCCCGAGCCGCCGGGACGGCGGCAGGAGGCGGCGGCGGCGGGGACACCGUCGGCUUCGUCCCGGCGGAGGCGGCGGGGGCCGGCGGGCUGCUGCUGGGGCCCUACGCGGAGCAGGGCGGGCUGCCGCCGGCGGAGCUGUUGCUCUGCCAGCUGCCCGAGGCAGGCGGCGGCGGGCCCGGGCUGGCCGAGGCCCGGGGCUGGCGCUGCUCCUGCUGCCUCCUGGGCACCUGCUGGUGCAAGAGCUGCCUCAGCGUGUGCGUCUUGGCGGCCCUCUGCUUCGCCUCGCUGGCCCUGGUGCGCCAGUACCUGCGGGACCUGCUGCUCUGGGCGGAGAGCCUGGACAGCCUGGCCGGCGUGCUGCUCUUCACCGUGGGCUUCAUCGUCGUGUCCUUCCCCUGCGGCUGGGGCUACAUCCUGCUCAAUGUUGCCGCCGGCUACCUCUACGGCUUCGUACUGGGCAUGGGGCUGAUGGUGCUCGGCGUCCUCGUCGGCACCUUCGUCGCCCAUGUGGCCUGCAAGCGGCUGUUGGCCCACUGGGCGCGGGCCAGGAUCCAGGGCAGCGAGACACUCAGCGCCGUCGUCCGUGUCGUGGAAGGUGGCAGCGGCCUCAAGGUGGUGGCUCUGGCACGGCUGACGCCGAUCCCCUUCGGGCUGCAGAACGCCGUGUUCGCGAUUACAGAUUUGUCACUACCGAACUACCUGAUGGCUUCUUCAGUUGGGCUGCUUCCUACUCAGCUCCUGAACUCAUACUUGGGCACUACCUUGCGCACCAUGGAGGAUGUGAUUGCAGAACAAAGUGUUAGUGGCUAUUUUAUAUUCAGUUUACAGAUUGUCAUAAGCAUAGGACUCAUGUUUUAUGUCGUUCACCGAGCUCAAGUGGAACUGAAUGCAGCUAUUGUAGCGUGUGAAAUGGAAAUGAAGACAUCGCUUGUUAAAGACAGUCAACCGAGCAUCAGUGGUUCAACCACAUACUGCAACAAAAGGACUGUAGCAUUCUCUGGAGGAGGUGUUAAUAUUGUGUGAUUUCAAGUAUUAAUAAAGUAGGGUUUUGUGAACCUAAGCUAUUGCCUACAAAUAUCUAUGGACAAUUCAACUAGUUUUAAAAAAAAUUACAAGUGGUUACAGGUUGUACUGUGGCACAAACCAACCGACCAGCUCUUCAAUUGCACACAGGGCGACUUCUAGCAAGAAAGGAAUGAUGGUGAAGUAACUUAAGAUGUAAAUGCAAAUUUGGCUGCACCUUUGGUCAUUUAUUAUGCCUGUCAUGGCCUGUAGUCUGCACUUUAGGUUUUUUUCCUUUGCUCCUAUAAACUGAGAAAUGCUUCUAUAAACUGAGAAAAGCAGCACAGAGGUAAAUAUUUUUCUGCUUAGCAUUAUUUAUAAGGCUGAAUAAUUAUAUGCAGUAGAAUUUUAUUACUGAUAAAGAUGAAUGAGAAAGUAUGCAAUUCAAUGUAUAUUAUUCUUGAAUGUGCUUUUGCUUUGGAAUUGCUUCCAGAACUUGGAGUGUAUUAUUUAGCUAAUGAUGGGACCAUUUGGCUUUUUCUUCAUUUUUGAUUUUAAAAAAAGAGAACCCUAUAUAAAGUUUUGGUUUAAUGUAUUUUUGUAAGUCAUUAAAAAUGUUGCGGAGCCAUGCAUAUGUAUUCACACAAGCUUAAAUCCUACAUUGUGGGACUGAAGUGCUCUUAAAUAACAUUUUAAGUUACACUGUGUAAUAUGCAAAGUAAAAGGGAAAAUACAGAAGUUAUAAUAGAUUGCAGUGACUAUUCAAAGGAGACUUCAUGACUUAAUUGUUGCAUUGGUUUUACCACCUUGGUGAUUGUAACAAAGGGCUGUUCCACGUUAGUCCUAUUUAUAAUAUUUUUUAAUUGUUCAAAGGAUGGAGUUUUUCAACUCACAUGCCUGCAUGUAAUAAGGCUUCCAGAACAGGGAGCUAAAUUUCUCCUUUAAACAAAAUGAUGGGAUACUGGCAGUACCAAUCUUACACGAAGGUGGCCUUUAUUUUGUAAGUGAAUCCCCCCUCCCUUUAAAAAGCUUUAAAAAUUCACUUUGGUUGGCAUGUUUUUUUCUAAAAGUUUUACAUUUUUUAAAAGACGCAAUCUAUUAUAAAUUUCAUCAGAGUGAAGAUAUGAAAACUAGAGGUUCUCCUUGGAAAAAUAAAUAAUCCAGUAAUAGAGGAGGACAGUAAUGUCUCUGAGACUCAGGAAUUCUGACUCCAUUUUUGCAAGACAACACUGUAUUGGAUAAUGCUCCUUUUACGUGUACUGUGGACUAUUUUUCACUGCGUUUGAAUAGACUGGAUAACCCGAUAGUAACUUGUGUGUGUGUGUGUAAAAGGAAAACAACAAUAAUUCCUGAACAUGAUGUCUUGUAGGUGAGUUUCAUGUAGAUAUACGUACCAAUGUUCAAUUGCUCAAACACACACACGUCAUCCGAUACAAAAAUCAUGUAAUGCAUUGCUUAUUUUGUAGUUAUUUUGUGUAAGUUUUUAAGGAUGCUUUCAGUCUUCAAAAUUUUGUUAUUUUCUGAUAGUAUGACUGUGCCUCCUUUUUGUAAGGCUGUUUGUUGGGUUCAAGCAUUUUUGUGUUGUUGAGAAUAGCAGAUCUUCCAGGUUGUUGGGAAGCAGAGAUUUGAUAGCCUCUAACAGUCUUACUGUGAGGAUGUAUGGUGCUCGCAUAACUUGACAUCUGCGCAUUCCUUGGUAGUGGAAUUUCAAUUUUGUUCUUUAAAUAUGUAACCUUUACCUUUGCAGACUGCUGUUCUUGGGUCUUGUGACCUAAGGAACAGAACUAGUUAAAGGAAACAACAAAGUUCAGAUUGUCUCCUUUUUGUUGUUUUGGGGUUUGGGUGGUUUUUUUUUUUUCCUUAAUUUGGUUGGUUUGUUUUUGAAACGGCAAUUUGUAUAUACCUGGAAGUGUUCAUUUACACAUCUCUGCCUCUGACAGCUCCUGUGUGAAAACAAGAGAGCCAGAUAACUUUUUGAUGGCGUUAUUUGUCAUCAUAGUAUAAUUGAGCCCUUUCUUAACUAAAGGUUUUUUAUUUUUUUUGUUUCUUGGAAAGAACAGUCCUUCAAUAAAUGAACUGAUCUGAACUUUGCUCAGUCUUGCCAAAUCAACAAUAGUGUUUUGAAGAGGGUGUCUCUUUCUUUGCAUUUUUUAACUAACUUAAGGUUGUGUUUAUUAUUCGAGAACAUUUCCCAAACACGUAUUUUGAAGUGCUUUUAUUUCCAUGACAUUUUGUAACCAGAGUAACUUCACUAUGUGAACACUUUUGUAGUAUGGAAUUAGUUCUUACGACUUUUGCAUUUUGCUUGAUACUUGUAAUAUUUGUGUACAAGUUAAUGGGAAAUGUGCAUUAAAAGGAACUUUUCUGUACCAUGCCAAUCAUAAUUUUAUACAAUAAAUUCACUCAAAUU